AUGGCAACAAGGUAGUUACGGUAACAUGCAGAUGAAUGCAAACAUACCUAACACAGACCUAUAGAUACAUAGACACAGCUACUGUACAGAUGCAUUCUCUCUCUCCAAUUCAUUCACUUACAUACACACUUGCAUGCACGCACACACAUGUGCACACACACACACACACACACACACAUAGUGAUGGGGGAAAAUUCAAUAGUUACAUUUCGCAAUAUUAUUUUUGCGCUGGUUGGCUGUACCUGCACCAAAACUCCAGUAUUUUUCCUUCAUAGCUUGUUCUCCAUCUUCUUUUUGAAUAAGGAGCCAAUUUGUUUUCAGCACUUUUAUUUCCAUGACUAACCAAAACUCAUUUUCUUAUGGCUCUCUCUUGUCCUUCUGCAGCAGACAGGUGAGCAAUAUGUUUGGAACAUCGAAUCGCAGUAAAAUCACAGUAUCGAAUCGUAAUACAUAUAGAAUCGUGAGAAUCGCAAUACAUAUCGUAUAAGUAUGGUGAUAAUAUUGUAUGGUGAGGUCCCUGGUGAUUCCCAGCCCUACACACAUAUUUUCUUUGUCUCAGUGACAUGUUACAUUAACAGAUGAGAUGUGUGAUAGUCCUACAGUGGUGCAGCUGUCUGUGUUACUGUCUGUUUAUGUGUCAGCAUCAGCUUAACAUCAGCACUGUGUGUGUGUGUGUGUGUGUGUGUGUGUGUGUGUGUGUGUGUGUGUGUGUGUGUGUGAGACAGCUCCUGGUGAUCAACGCCACAGCCCCCUCAACAGCCCAAUGUCUUCCAGCUGUUAGACUGGCAGAUGCUAGCUGACACACUUACUUUAUACACACACACACACACACAUAGGCCUGCAUGCACUACCACACGCACACAAACAUGUACACACACACACCUGUCAUCACAGCCUAGUCACUGACAGGCAUCCUAGUCAUGAAAAACGCUUAUGUUUCACGCUACAUGGCUACGCCAAAGUCGUCUCCCAAAGUGACAAGAAGUCGGUGUGCUUGUCUGUGUACGGUUCUUUAUUAUACACAACGUAUGUUCACUGUCAAAAGUUGGAGAGCGUAGUGAGUUUGGGUGGACGCAAUACAUACAGGUUACAAUUGAUUAUGUUUGGAUGGAAUUCAUCUCUUUCCUGUACCAUGCAUUAAACUUCUUUGCCCUCACAUGGUUUGAUAAUACUGCUAAGUAUGUCUUUUCUAGAGCGCAUACAUGUCUGCCCUCAUUUUCAGGGUCUGGUUGGGCGUGUGAGGCUUGGUUUGGUCUCUGUGCUGUUCAGUUCUGUGCUGUUCUGCUCACUACACCAGGCCUAUAGCUUUACAUCUCCUAGUCCUCAGCAGCACAGCAAUCUACUGAGUACUGAGAGACCAAGAAAAGGCAGUCACAUCUGUAGAGGGGGAGAAAAAAAGAUAAAUCAUUUCUCUGGGUACUGAGAAAGAGAGGGGGAAGGAGGAAGAGAGAUGGAGGGGAGGAGGAGGAGGGGGUUGAAUUGGUAAGGGUGAUAUUGCAUAGUGUAAUCUGUGGGGGGAUGGGUGCACAGAUUGCCUUUCCUCCACCAGGCAAGGCAGAGCCUGCCUCACACUCCUGUGCUGUGUGGACCAGAGCAGUAUAGCAUCAGUACUGAAGGCCUAUGGCCAUGGUCUGACGGCUAGUCUACAGAGGCUGUUCACCACAAUGCUGCCUUCACACACACCACACACACACAGGUCUACACACCUGCCUGGCACACCUGGCCAUCUCAGCAUCGGUCAUCUGCGCAGACACACACACACACACACACGACCAUCCACACAACCCACUCUCCCAUAUGUGUGUGUAGGACAUAUUGGGGGCUACUAUACUGGAUGGUACCAGGUUCAAACCUCAUGAUAGAGAGAGUGCUUUUAUGAAAAUAUUAUUUAGUGUACGUAGCAGUCUCCUGAAGGCCUACGUGAUGUGAAAUCAUCCUUCCUUGAUAAUCCAUUAGUUAAAUGCCAUGUAAUUUCUCUUGCAGGGUCAUUAUGCAUACAUCCCCUUAUUAACCAAGUUAGAAAUCACCAUUAGAAAGUAAUCCCUUUUCCUAAUUGGCAUUUUGUAAUUGUAGCUUAGUUCUUUUGACUGGUUCAUAAUUUACAUGGUGAGGUUUCAUUUUCCAAUGACCUGACUUUCCCUCUAGAUGGAGCCCUCUGUUUCUCUUUCAUUCAAGCCACUGCUAAUUGAGGCUAAUUGGAGAGUGGCCAGUGGUUGGUGUUUUGGGUACUGUAGUUUGGAAAUUGAAGUCGUAGCAUGUACUGUGUGUAGAUUUGUCAUUCUGUGGACUGCAGUUUAUUGCUCUUGCUUCCAAUGCCUUAGAAAGUGGGUUAUAGAGGGGGUUAUGGUGAUGGUUGUGCUAUCUUGGAGGGUUGUAUGUUUGCCUGUCUGUCUGUGUGUGUCUGUGUGUGUGUGCAUGUGUGUGUGUGCACGUGUGCGUGUGUGUGUUUUAGUGGGUGCGCUCCCAGCCAUAUGCUCCUCUCUCUGCUCUGCUUUUGUUUGGACCAAUCACUCCCUUCUGUUUGCCUGUUGUCGAGAUGCUCUGUGGGUUUAAGAUUGUUAAAAAGGCACUUGAUGCUCCAGGCCUUUCCUCUUUUCUCCUCAUUUGUGUGUUUUUGUGUCUAUGUCUGUAUUAGUGACUGGUCUAAAGCCUGUUUUACGUGUCUGUUCUUGUGUACUAUCUGUGUGGUUUUGUAGGUUUUUAUUUCUGGCUGUGUCUAGAGUUCUGAUUGUGUAGGGCUGCUGGUGUAUGGCUAUCUCACACUGUCCACCUUAUCUAGCAGUGCUGUUCUCCGCUUGUUUAGAAUCACACUGGCCGUAGAGUUAUGCUGCUGAAAUAGGUUCCCUUUCCAUGCUGGUGGCCAUAAAGUUGAUAAAUUGGUCCCCCCCUUGGUGAAACAUUGCCUGGCCUUUCCUGUCCACCUCUGACUGCCUCACAGAGGCCCUGCUAAGCCCCUGGAGCUGAAAGCAGGCCAGACCACCAGUACAGGCCCUCAGCUCCUCCAGGUUGUAGUAGGCCACUAGUAGAAUGACUCUCUGGAUGCUGAUGGUGGACAGGAUAGAGAAGCUUGGUCAUCUCUGUCUCUGUCUGGUUUCCCUGGUGAUGUUUCCUCAUCUCCCACCCCUUCUAAUGCGACUAGCCCCGAUGCUCCUCCCUCUUUUUCCCCUGCCCUGCUACAAAGUUUCUCCCUGCAGGCGGUCACUGAGUCCGAGGUGCUAAAGGAGCUCCUUAAACUUGACCCCCCAAAAAUCAUCUGGGUCAGAUGGUUUAGACCCUUUCUUCUUUAAGGUUGCUGCCCCUAUCAUCGCCAAGCCUAUCUCUGACGUUUUUAACCUGUCUCUCCUCUCUGGGGAGGUUCCCAUUGCUUGGAAGGCAGCCACAGUGUGUCCUUUAUUUAAAGGGGGAGAUUAAGCUGAUCCUAACUGUUAUAGGCCAAUUUCUAUUUUGCCCUGUUUAAAAAAAGUGUUGGAAAAACUUGUCAAUAAUCAACUGACUGGCUUUCUUGAUGUCUAUAGUAUUCUCUCUGGUAUGCAAUCUGGUUUCCGCUCAGGUUAUGGAUGUGUCACUGCAACCUUAAAGGUCCUAAAUGAUGUCACCAUUGCCCUUGAUUCUAAGCAAUGUUGUGCUGCUAUUUUUAUUGACUUGGCCAAAGCUUGUGAUACGGGAAACCAUUCCGUUCUUGUGGGCCGGCUAAGGAGUAUUGGUGUCUCUGAGGGGUCUUUGGCCUGGUUUGCUAACUACCUCUCUCAAAGAGUGCAGUGUAUAAAGUCAGAACAUCUGCUGUCUCAGCCACUGCUAGUCACCAAGGGAGUACCCCAAGGCCCGAUCCUAGGCCCAAUGUCUUCUCAAUUCACAUCAACAACAUAGCUCAGGCAGUAGGAAGCUCUCUCAUCCAUUUAUAUCCAGAUGAUACAGUCUUAUACUCAGCUGGCCCCUCCCCGGAUCUUGUGUUAAACGCUCUACAACAAAGCUUUCUUAGUGUCCAACAAGCUUUCUCUGCCCUUAACCUGAAAACCUCCAAAACAAAAGUAAUGUGGUUUGGCAAGAAGAAUGCCCCUCUCCCAACCGGUGUGAUUACUACCUCUGAGGGUUUAGAGCUUGAGGUAGUCACCUCAUACAAGUACUUGGGAGUAUGACUAGACGGUACACUGUCCUUCUCUCAGCACAUAUCAAAGUUGCAGUCUAAGGUUAAAUCUAGACUUGGUUUCCUCUAUCGUAAUCGCUCCUCUUUCAACCCAGCUGCCAAACUAACCCUGAUUCAGAUGACCAUCCUACCCAUGCUAGAUUACGGAGACGUAAUUUAUAGAUUGGCAGGGAAGGGUGCUCUCAAGCGGCUAGAUGCUCUUUACCAUUCGCACAUCAGAUUUGCCACCAAUGCUCCUUACAAGACACAUCACUGCACUCUAUACUCCUCUGUAAACUGGUCAUCUCUGUAUACCCGUCGCAAGACCCACAGGUUGAAGCUUAUUUAUAAAACCCUCUUAGGCCUCACUCCCCCCUAUCUGAGAUACCUACUGCAGCCCUCAUCCUCCACAUACAACACCCGUUCUGCCAGUCACAUUCUGUUAAAGGUCCCCAAAGCACCCAUGUCCCUGGGUCGCUCCUCUUUUCAUGCUUCGCAUGAUGUAUUGUUGUCUCUACCUUCUUGCCCUUUGUGCUGUCGUCUGUGCCCAAUAAUGUUUGUACCAUGUUUUGUGCUGCUACCAUGUUGUGCUGCUGCCAUGUUGUGCUGCUGACCAUGUUGUGUUGCUACCAUGCUGUAUUGUCAUAUGUUGCUGCCAUGCUGUGUUGUUGUCUUAGGUCUCUCUUUAUGUAGUGUUGUGGUGUCUCUCUUGUCGUGAUGUGUUUUCUCCUAUAUUUUAUGUAUUUAUUUAUUUUGAAUCCCAGCCCCCGUCCCCGCAGGAGGCCUUUUGCCUUUUGGUAGGCCGUCAUUGUAAAUAAGAAUUUGUUCUUAACUGACUUGCCUAGUUAAAUAAAGGUUAAAUAAAAAUAAAUAUAAAAAUAAAUAAAAUGUGGUAUGCUCAUCUCUCCCAGCCUAGCAUCCACUAACCCCAAAUAGUUCUUUUUUUAAGCCAUCAAGGGCAAACAGCCGUGGCGUAAUGUAAUGAGAUUGCAGGCAGAAGCGACUAAACUGAAAGCAGCCAUUUUCUACAGCUGUCAACUUCUUGUUGAAUGGGCCGACUUAUUCUGAUAGCUCGAAUGGCAGCACCGGGGUGACGGGGUGGGGGAGUGGCUGAGUGGGGGAGUGUCGAGACUGAUGGGCAGGGGUGCAGUGAAGGGAGGGACGUAGGGGGUAGAGGAGAGGAGGAGGGAGAGGGAGGAACCUCCAGGGUUAUAGCUGCUUUGCAUUUUGAAUGUUUUUUUCACCUCUCUUAUCACAUUGCAUCCCCUUCCCUCUGCUACCAGAGCUAGUGCAGCCUUUCAGCCCAAACCUAUUUCCACAUCACACACUUCAUAUUUUAAAAGCUGGGUGUAUAGGUUUGCGUGUGCAUGUGCGUGCAUGUGUGUCCUUCUGCCUCUUUGCAUUCAUGAGUAUUUAUUUGUGUGGACAUGUGCAUUCUCCCCAGCCAACGUAUCCAUGAGGUUUGUCUAAAAAUGAAGAUUGAUGGGAAACAUUAUGUCUGUGUUGUCAUCCAGACGAAUGACACAUAUAUCUAGUGAUUACACCAAUAAUUACACCACACUUUCCACCGUCAUCAAAGCUAUGCUGUGGAAUGCCAACAGUACAGUAGAACUCACAGUACGUCAAGAAUAUCAUACUUCCAUACACAACCACAUUUCUAACCUUGUUCAUCAUCCACCACACACCCAUCCAACAUCACACAGCCUCAGUUGAACUGAUUUCCCUGCUACCACCACCAUAGCUAAGCUUUGUCUCAAAUGGCACACUAUUCCCUAUAUAGUGCCUUGGUCAAAAGUAGUGCACUAUUAGGCAAUAGGGUGCCAAUUGGGACAUAGUCUAAGUCCCUCAGCCUUGUUCCAGUUCCUCCCUGCUGUGUGUCACAUUUGGUCCUCUGGUAUCCAGGCCUCCUCUCAUCCCGUAGGAAGCACUGUUGGGUGACCAUAGGUUGGACUGCCAGGGAGGGAAGGGGGGCACACCACACCAUAUCCCUUUUAAUGCCCAGCCAGCAAAUCUCUAAUCCUCCAUGCAGAGGUCUGGUCUGAUGGUAUAGGAUGGAGUGUGACGUGUAGCCAGUCCCAAUAUUCUGUCUUGUCUGUUACACUGGAAUAUUUGCUAUAUUUCCUAUUUACUACCAUAUGGAUGACAAACGUAUGUACUGUACAGCAGUAUACUGUGUGGUUGAGAUUGUAUGUGCUGUGUACAGUAUAUUGUAUGGUUGCAAAUCUAUGUAUUAACAGUAUACUCUAUAGUUGCAAUUCUAUAUACUGUACAGGUGUAGGAUCUUAAUUUGAUCACUACUUUGUUGCUGUGAAUUGCAGAUGAGCUUCGUGAUUGACAUCAAUUCCCUGAAAACCUGCACUAACACACGGUUAUAUUAACAGUAUUGCACUUUUCAUGUAGCCUCAUUUUGACCAGCUAAUAGCCUAACCACCGAUCAAGCAACAUUCUGGAUUAAACGUUCAAAUCCUGUUGCUGCAGGAUUAUUUUGCUGUGACAAUAUAGGUCAAAUUAAGAUCUGUAUAGUAUACAGUAUGGAUAAUGAUCCUAUGUACUGCACACUACAGUACGUAUACUGUGAUCUUAUAUACUGUAUAUUGUAUGGUUGCGAUCCUAUAUACUGUGCACUGUAUGAACAAUAUACUGUAUGUUUGCCAUGGCUGGCAACCUUGGUAUUGUGACUGUGUUAGAGAAGCACCAGGAAUAAAAUAGGGUGGUGAUGAACAGGAGGGGAGGAGGAGAGGAGAGGAGGAAGGCAGUGACUCACAGUGUCCCUCUAUCUCUGUGUUCACAGGCAAUCUGGAGGAACAGUUAUUAAGAACAGGUAAGGGAGGAGGGAGAAGGGAGAAGGGUGGGAGGUGGGUGCACAAGAUAAAAUACAAAAUAAACUCUCUACAGGAUACACACUUACCCAUGUUCACAUGUACUACAUAGACUUGCAUUCACUUACAGUACAAAUAUACACACAUAUUACUCUAGUAUCAAGUGCUCACACGUAUAACUAUGCAUACACACACACACACACACAUACACACACACACACACACAUACACACACACACGCUGACAUUAUGUGAUGUCUGGCAGUGAACAGUCUAUUCUACCUCAUCCGGCGAUGCUGAUAGCCUCGCUCUGUUCACACAUUCAGAGCACUGUGUCUCACCUUUCAUGUGUCACUACAUGCAAUGUGUGUGCAUGUGCGUGCGUGCGUGCGUGUCACUUUUGAUGAGUCUCUACAUGCCCUGGCAUAGCCCAGGUCCUCUGAGAAAACCACAGCCAGACACACAGAGAGAGACAGAGGAAUGAUACUGUACAUUAGAAAAACCACCCAUACGUAAAAAUGUAUGCGCACAUGACUGUAAGUCGCUUUGGAUAAAAGCGUCUGCUAAAUGGCAUAUUAUUAUUAUUAUUAUUUAUUAUUAAAAACAGAUGUGCUUUCUUUAUUUUCUCACUGUAGAGUGUGGAUUAUGCAAUGUUGAUCUGUGGGUCCUCAAGUGAAAUGACCUAGGUUAACAGGGCUCUGUGUCUCUCUCUUGCCUCCUUGUGCCAACUGUGUGCCACCCUGUCUGUGCCAGUCUGGGAGAGGAGUUCUACAGAGAGGCCAUCGAGCACUGCCGCAGCUACAAUGCCCGCCUGUGUGCCGAGCGCUCCAUGCGCCUGCCCUUCCUGGACUCCCAGACCGGCGUGGCACAGAGCAACUGCUACAUCUGGAUGGAGAAGAACCACCGCGGCCCAGGUGUGUGUGUAUGUGUGUGUACUGUGUGUGUGUGUGUGUGUGUGUGUGUGUGUAUGUAAGGCCUAUGCUGUGUGCGUGUGUGUGUUCAUGGACAACAUAUUAGUGUGUGUUCAUGGACAACAUGUUAGAGUGUGUUCAUGGACAACAUGUUAGUGUGUGUUCAUGGACAACAUGUUAGUGUGUGUUCAAGGACAACAUGUUAGUGUGUGUUCAUGGACAACAUGUUAGUGUGUGUUCAAGGACAACAUGUUAGUGUGUGUUCAAGGACAACAUGUUAGUGUGUGUUCAUGGACAACAUGUUAGUGUGUGUUCAUGGACAACAUGUUAGAGUGUGUUCAUGGACAACAUGUUAGUGUGUGUUCAUGGACAACAUGUUAGUGUGUGUUCAUGGACAACAUGUUAGUGUGUGUUCAUGGACAACAUGUUAGUGUGUGUUCAUGGACAACAUGUUAGUGUGUGUUCAUGGACAACAUGUUAGUGUGUGUUCAUGGACAACAUGUUAGUGUGUGUUCAUGGACAACAUGUUAGUGUGUGUUCAUGGACAACAUGUUAGUGUGUGUUCCAAUGCAUGCACACCUGUAAUAAACACAGGGUAAGAGGCAGGUUAAAGGGGUAUGAGGUCUGGGGUAGGGAGGUCUGUAACACAGCCUUCACAUCUUCGCUUCUCCUCUGCUCUCAGCAGCCCUUUGUCAUCUCCUCCAUCUCUCUAUCUUUCUCUCGCCCCUCUCCUCUCCUCUGUCUCCUCUCCUAUCUUUCUGUAGCCCCUCUCCUCUCCUCCGUCUCCUCUCCUAUCUUUCUCUCGCCCCUCUCCUCUCCUCCGUCUCCUCUCCUAUCUUUCUGUAGCCCCUCUCCUCUCCUCCAUCUCUCUAUCUUUCUCUCGCCCCUCUCCUCUCCUCUGUCUCCUCUCCUAUCUUUCUCUCGCCCCUCUCCUCUCCUCCGUCUCCUCUCCUAUCUUUCUCUCGCCCCUCUCCUCUCCUCCGUCUCCUCUCCUAUCUUUCUGUAGCCCCUCUCCUCUCCUCCGUCUCCUCUCCUAUCUUUCUGUAGCCCCUCUCCUCUCCUCCAUCUCUCUAUCUUUCUCUCUCCCCCUCUCUCACACUCCUGUGUAGUAUCAGUGUCUCCCUCUGGCUGUUCCUCAUUCCUCAUCCAGAGAGAGAGUGUGUGUGUAUGUGUACAGUAUGCCUCAGAGUUUUGAGUUUGUUGUGUGUGUGUGUGUUUUGAGUGUGUAUGAGUGACACAGUGUUGUUUUUACUAACAUAAAUGACAGAUUAGAGGUAUAGGUUUGUCAAGCAAAUAAACCUCAACCAAAGAAUUAUAAAAGCUUAGUAUUUCUGUUUGCACUAAAAACGGACAUAUCCCUUCUAUUUAAAGUGGCUAUAAAAUGAUGUUCACCCACAGAAUCAUUGCAGGUAGAUAACAUCACCACCUUAACUCCUUAAUCAUAGUCUGCUUUAACAGUUUUUCACAUUACUUUGGCGUUGUUCUUUGUUUGGCCCCCAGGUUUGGCCCCAGGACAGUUGUAUACUUACCCUGCCCGCUGCUGGCGCAAGAAGAGACGACUAAACAUUCUGGAGGACCCACGCCUCGGACCCAUUGAGUUUAAGAUCGGUAAGAGACAGACAGGAAAACUGAGUGGGCCGUGGAAUGACAGAGAAAAGCCUCUGUACAGCACAGGAGGUUGGUGGUACCUUAAUUGGGGAGGACGAGCUCAUGGUAAUGGCUGGAGUGGAAUAAGUGGAAUGGUAUCAAAUACAUUAAACACGUGGUUUCCAGGUGUUUGAUGCCAUUUCAUUCAUGCCGUUCCAGACAUUAUUAUGAGAUGUGCUCCCCUCAGCAGCAUCCUGUGCUUUACAGUAGCUGUAUUUGCAUGGUUGUGUUAGUCUGUCAGGGCAAAGUGAUAGCUGGGAAUGAAUUCUAACACAUGUAUUAGCAGGGGAGUGUUACUGUAAUGUGUGUAUUGGUGGGGGAUACUAACGUACAGUGUGGUGUGUGUGUGUAUGUGUUCAGACUACGAGGCGUCUCUGAAGAAGGAGGGGGGCUUGCCGGAGGGGCCGGUGUUGGAAUCACUGCUCAGUGGAGAGACUCUGGACAAGAAGGUGGAGACCAAGGAAGAGGAACCUAUGAGCGAGUGCCAGGUAAGAGAAGCUUAGAAUCACUCAUGAUCGCCCGCACACACACACACACACACACACGCAAGUUCUAGUUUCCCUCUCUCAUGCUCUCGUCGAACCCGCUGACCCAUUCCUCUACUUCUUCACCUGCUGUGUAGUUUCUUUCUCCUCUCUCUCUCGAGAAGAAGAAGGGCUAUAGAGAGAGAGAGAGAAGCGAGAGAGCGAGAGAGAAGAGCGAGAGAGAGAGAGAGAGAGAGAGAGAGAGAGAAGCUAAGAAGAGAGGAGGAGAGAGAUCCUCUCUCCCUCUCGACUCUUAUUCUCGAGAGAGAGAUCGCAAAGUAGAGAUAGAGAUAGAGCUAUAUCUAUCUUCUAAAUCUGUCUCUCUCUCUCGCUCUUCUCCAUACUCACUGUCUCUCUCUUCGUGCCUUUCUCUUCUCUCUGCUCUCUUAUCUCUCUCUCUCUCGCCAUCUCACUCUCUCUCUCUCGCUGUCUCUCUCUCUCUCUCUCUCUCUCUCUCUCUCUCUCUCUCUCGCUCGUGCCUCCCUCUCAUGGCCCUGUGUAUAGUAUCAGUGACUCUGGUUGGCAGUGACACAUCCCCUGCAGCCAUGACACACCCCCAAUGGCACAGUUCCUCUCCUCCUCCCCAGAGAAAGUGUGUGUUUUGGACAGAGACUGUGUGAGUGUGUGUUUAGGAGGGAGAGAGAGAGACACACUGUUGGUGUGUGUACUGUAUGUGUAAAUGUAUUUGUGUGUGUGUGUAUGUGUGUGUGUGUAUUGUAUGUGUGUUUCUGAAUCUCUGUGUGUGUGUGUGUGUGUGUGUGUGUGCCUGCUUCCUCUUCCGGAUGAGCUGUCAUCUCCUCUCUGUGAGCCCUGUGUCUCCAGUCCCUACCCCACCUGCUCCAGAUGUGACAGUCUUCCUUCCGUAAGGUCGACAAUUAGCCAAUUAGCACUUCAAUAAAUGGCUCACACAGCAGGCCCGGGGCUCCACUGGGGGUAGGCCUCUGAUCCUGGGCCUCGCCUAGCUCUCUUAUCCAGCAGGAAGCUAACAGAGGAGGGCUUUGGUUUCCUCCUCCAUUACAGCUUCUCUCCAUAUGCUCCUUUUAGAGUUUGUUCUUUUGCUACUUGUGCCACUUGUUUUUUUGUCACCUCUCUUGGUUAUUUAUCAAGCAUUCUUUCACAGACCCAUGUGUUGUACUUUCUAUUUGCUGAAUAUGUUGAUACUUGUUUUGCUGAUGAGAGGAAGUGUUUCUUUCACUCCUACAUUUUAGGAGUGAAUGAAUAACAGCAUAGUGUUCUCCUGGUCACGAGCAGUUGCAACAGGGGGGAUGUUUGUGUUAAAGGAGGGGAGGCCACCCUUACUGGUCUAACUAAUGGAGUAAUUGUCCUUUGGGCUUACUUUCUCUGUCUCUGUGUCUCUCUCUGUCUCUAUCUCUCUCUGUCUCUGUCUCUGUCAAUUCAAUUAAAUUCAAAGGGCUUUAUUGGCAUGGGAAACAUAUGUUUACAUUGCCAAAGCAAGUGAAAUAGAUAAUAAACUAAAUUGAAAUAAACAAUAAAAAAUGAACAAUAAACAUUCCACUCAAAAAAGUUUCAAAGGAAUAGAGACAUUUCAAAUAUCAUAUUAUGUCUAUGUGUUGUAACGAUGUGCAAAUAGUUAAAGUACAAAAGGGAAAAUAAAUAAACAUAAAUAUGGGUUGUAUUUACAAUGGUGUUUGUUCUUCACUGGUUGCCCUUUUCUUGUGGCAACAGGUCACAUAUCUCGCUGCUGUGAUGGCACACUGUGGUAUUUCACCCAAUAGAUAUGGGAAUUUAUAAAAAAAUUGAUUUGUUUUGGAAUUCUUUGUGGGUCUGUGUAAUCUGAGGGAAAUAUGUGUCUCUAAUAUGGUCAUACAUUUGGCAGGAGGUUAGGAAGUGCAGUUCAGUUUCCACCAAAUUUUUUGGGCAGUGUGCACAUAGCCUCUCUUCUCUUGAGAGCCAGGUCUGCCUACGGCUGCCUUUCUCAAUAGCAAGGCUAUGCUCACUGAGUCUGUACAUAGUCAAAGCUUUCCUUCAUUUUGUGUCAGUCACAGUGGUCAGGUAUUCUGCCACUGUGUAAUCUCUGUUUAGGGCCAAAUUGCAUUCCAGGUUUUGGAAUCGCUUCCUUUUGGUGGUUGUAGAAUUUAACGGCUCUUUUCUGGAUUUUGAUAAUUAGCGGGUAUCGGCCUAAUUCUGCUCUGCAUGCAUUAUUUGGUGUUUUACGUUGUACACAGAGGAUGUUUUUGCAGAAUUCAGCAUGUCUCAGUCUCUCUGUCUCUCUCUCUGUCUCUCUCUCUCUCUGUAUCUCUCUAUUUGUUUGUGUCCCAUGUAUGACCUGGUCCCUGUUUUAUUGUACUGUUAUCCAGUUGCAGAACCAGGAAUUCACUGGGGUAGCUGAGCAUUCUUUAUUGGGGGUGCUAAAGGGGGUGCUAGGCUUAUUCUUGAGGGUGCCCCUCCCUGGAGCCCCUCCCUGGAGCCCACUCCCUGCUGAUAUCUCCUCUGAUGUUCUGGUGUGUUUGCUGCUUCAGAAGCUGCUGGUUGGUGAUUUCCCCCAUGAACUGGAAGCGGAGGAUAUGGAAGAGGACGUCCCCAAACGCAAGAACCGCAAGAACCGCGAAGGACGGGUAAGACAAGAGAAACACACAGGAACAUACAGCCACCUACCGUACCUGUAUUGUUGGCACUGCAUAGGGCAACAUUUUCCUCUCGCAAAUACACAAGUGAUAUGACUUAAUGCACCGUAACAUUUGAAAUAAACGGGAGAACUGAUACUUCAGCUUGCCAUUUCAUUGCGUGUACAGUGUGUAUCCGUGUGAAUACCAAAACUGGUUAAACUAAACUUCCUUCUCACAUUUCGCUCAUAUUAUAAUUUCACUCAUCCUGUCUAUUUGAAAUAUUACUGUAUUUGAAAUGUUACUUUACUUUCACUCAUCCUCUCUUUUCUGUUUCAACUUCCCGUUAACACUUUGUUAUCUAUCAAGAGAAGUAACUUAUAGAAAAAACAUUAAUGGAGGUAAAACAGCCAGUCAACUUAUCCCUCUCCCUGAAUGAGACAGUCACAGGCUUCCUCCCUCCAUCCAGUUCCCUUUACAUUUCCGAUAGCUAGCUGACUCUCUUGUCUAGUAUAUAGUACCCACUGCAAGUUAUGCAAACUCUAGCCUCUCAAGUAGUGCUAUCAAUUCCUCAUGGAAGCACUCUCUCUCCUCUCCUGCUGUACUGAGAGGGUGACGGGAAGCAUCGGCAUCCUUGAUCCGUUCUAGCUCCUCUGCUCUGCUAUGGACUGGUGAGCAUCGUCUUGGAUAGAUUAUAUUAUAAAGGGCGCUAAAGAGAUAGCACUAUCAGUGCUCCUCUCAUCUACUGACGUCCUUCUCCUCUCCUCUCUUCCUCUCCUCGCCCUCCUGCCCGCUCCUCUUCUCUCAUGCUGUCAGCGGUACAGUAGCAGCCGUGCACUGAGUACUAAGGAGCCAUCAUAUUUUUCCUCUCAGCUUUAAAGAUAAAACAGAUACCAAUUCAUAUCUCAGUUCACUAUACUAAAUUCAUACAUUUUGGGAUGGAGGGUGGAUACAAAUCAUUAUUGUAAGUGUAUUAGUAGUGUAUGAAUCAUGUGGGCAAUAGAUACAAUACAAUCAUGUGGGAAUUAGAUACAGUACAAUAAUUUGUGCAUUAGAUACAGUAUACAGUAUUUCGAUAUGCAGUGAGUUAUCAGAUCGUGUACAUGGAUGCAUUCUAAAUAACUCUUAUUAGAUGAGAAAAACACCUCUCUCUCUCUCCAUCUUGUGUGAAGCCUCACUGCAGGCUGUAACACUGUAUCUAUAAUCCAAACAGCCAUGUUGUUAAUUGGAGCUUGAAGUUCCCUGUUAGGUGUCAUCAACCCUGCCUGUCAGGCAAGGGUGAUUAGAGAGAGGGGGGCACCUGUUAAAGUAGCAGAUGAUUAUGGUGUGUAGGAGUAUGGUGUGCUUGUGUGUGUGUGCUUGUGUGUGUGUGUGUGUGUGUGUGUGUGUGUGUGUGUAGAGUGUGAACUCCGCUCAACCGUCAGUGUUCUCGCUGCAGGCCUGUGGUGUAGGGGGUAUGAGGAAGAGACAAGAACCCAGCACCAUUGAGGACAGGGACAAGCCGUACGUCUGUGACAGUGAGUAUCACACACACACACACACACACACACACACAUACACACCAUGUCUAAGAGCCAUAGACAACAUUCUUACUGCAGGCUAAACUACACUGGCAAGCAUAUGGCUGCUGUCUCCACUCUGCACAAAGCAAGCAAUUAUCUCACUGCCAAUGUUAUGAGGACAACUUCUCUAGUGGAAAUGAGUCUGCUAGAGCAACAAGCGCUAACGGGAACACUAUAGAGCAAUCUAUAGAGCAAUAUUCAAACUAAAACGGUGACAUGGCAUUAGCUAGUGAUGGAUACAGCAUUCAUUAAUUGUGAGUGUAUCUAUUGUCAGUGAAGCACAAUUGCAUUCACUCAUAUCUUUUACUGAUAGAUAUGGUACAGAUACAGUAUGUCAUGAUGAUUGUAUUGGGCUACAUUUAGUUCUGUCUCUUGAUUUUGCUUGUGUGGUUGUGUUCCAGUCUGUGGGAAGCGCUAUAAGAACCGCCCGGGCCUGAGCUACCACUACACCCACACACACCUAGCGGACGAGGAGGGAGAGGAGGACUCUGAGCGCCACACCCUGCCCUUCCAGCGCAAGAACAACCACAAGCGUGAGUCCCUAUGCUACAGUAUGCUCUAUGCUUUACCCUAAGGCUGGCUGCUGCACUAUGCCAUAUACCCUCAUGUCAAAGUGACCAGAUCUAGAUGCAGUAUCCUACAGAAUGUUACUGAACAGCAACUUGCACAUUUCCUUUGUAGCGCACACUGUGUGAAGUACAGACUAAUGUAUAAUGUAGUAGCAUUUAUGUCUGUCUGUCUGUCUGCAUGCCUGUCUGUCUGUAAUGCUGUUUGAUUAGCAUGGCCCUGAAUUGGACGGUGUUAAUUGGCUGAACAGGGACACUGAGAGGAAGGGUGGCAGGAGGGGGAUCUGUUUUGUUCCCCUCUCUCCACCCAGCAUGUUCCAUGUCUGAGGCUGGCAAUUUACAGUGCACUGAGAGAGGUUGCAUCCCAAAUGGCACUUUGUAGGGAAUAGGGUGUCUUUUGGGAUGCCGACAGAGACACACAGCUGUAGUCGUCCCCACAUCAAUGUCCUUGUAGAAAAAUACCCAUUUACCUCCUAGAGUUAAUUGGCUGAGCGCUGUUUUAAAUUGGCCUGUCUUAGUGGAUUGUCCGUCAAUGGGUCCUGGUGCUGAUGCCUCUGUGUGUGUGUGUGUGUGUGUGUGUGUGUGUGUGUGUGUGUGUGUGUGUGUGCUGCAGUUGUAGGACUCUGCAGGGUGAAAGAGAAGAGAAUGGCUGCAUUAGAGAGGUUUAAUAUCCUCCUCUCUUCUCCUCCUGCUACAAACAUGCAGGCACACGCGCUUGUUCACACACACACACACACACACACACACACCAAUACAUACAUGCACAAAACUCAAUCUACUUGUGAAAUGAAAAUAAAAGCCUAUUGUGUGUGUGUGUCUGCAUGUGCGUUUGUGUGUGCGUGUUUCUAUCUUAUGGUUUUCCCAAUAUAAUAAGUGUCAAGUUGCAGAUGUACCCCCUCCUUUAUAUUACACCAUAUAUAAUCAUAUUAAUAUGAAUGGUUAUAAUGAAACUGGUCCAUACAUUAUUCACGUAAUAUUCUUCCUAAAAGAUGUCUAGACGAGUCUGUAAGCCUGGUGCACCCAAAAACUAUCUUUUGGUAUUUGGUUCAUUCGGUCCAUUGUUGAUAUAGUCCCAUGUUUUUGCAGGUCAGCAAUCAACUUUAAAUUAUAUAUACGUUUCAAAAUGCAGAAACCGAGUGUGGAAGAUCGCUGAAAUCCAAAGUCUCUUUCUUCUCUUUUAUUUUGUUAUUUUACCCCCAUCAUUCUCUCCCUCUCCUUUUUUCAUCAGUUUGAUAAAUUACAGAUUAUUCCACUAGGAGAUGAGAUUCUCUCUCUCUCUCUCUCUCUCUCUCUCUCUCUCUCGCUCUAUCUCUCUCUCUCUCUUUCUCAUUCUCUACCUAUUUUCUCCCUCACUCUUCAUCGCCAGUUUACCAUGCUUUCUUUCUUUCCUUUCCCUCUUCUCUCUGAAUCUCUCUCUCCAUUUCUUUCUCUCCUUAUCUCCCUCUCUCUACUUUUGUCUUAUGAUUUAUCCAUCGCUUGUUUUUUUCCUUCAUUUUUUCUGUAUUUAUUUCCAUUGCAGGAGUGGAAGCCGAUUGUUAAAAUGAACUGCAGCAUUAAAAUUCAUGGCUGCCUCUCAAUUUUUUUUCUUCAUAAAGUGAGAGAGGCAGGAGUGGUGGGGGGUGGGGGCUGGUUUUGGGCAUUGAUGUGAUGGGGGAGGAGGGAGGGGUGUUUACUUUAGAGGUCGGCUCUCUGGUGUGCACCUGAAAAUUGGUUUUGUGAGCAGAAAGAGUCAAGCCAGUUCUCGUUAAGUCCUCUCCCCAAAUCAGAAUUGAGAUUCCGAGUCUGGUUUAUCUGGAAGGACAGACGGUCGGAGGAGUGAGAUCAGGAGGGGAGAUGGAGGGAUGGAGGGGGUAACAUGUAAUUGAGCCCUUUGAAGGUCAGCGUCCUUUUGUUCCUGUUGUUCUUUUUCUAUAUUUAUUUAUUUUUAAUUCUUGCCUAGUUUCACCUCGCUCACAAAAUGGCUUCACUCGCCUUACUCCGCCAGUGUGAGAAGGAAUCAUUGUGAUCAGCUAUAAGGACAAAAUUAAUUAUGUAUCAAACCUAAAAUGGCGUCCUGGCUGUCUCUGUUCCCUCUUUCUCUUUCUCUCUCUCUCUCUCUCUCUCUCUCUCUCUCUCUCUCUCUCUCUCUCUCUGUGUGUGGGGUAGGAUACAAUAUGUGGAAUAGAUCUGUGGAGUGGUGGUUGGUUCUGUUCCAGCAGAUUCACAUGUGAUGAAAGUCCUGCAGUAAGAAAGAGAGGGUGGUCGUUUAAUGAUGGUCUGGUGACAGUGGAGGGCCUGUGUCACUGUGUCAUUGUAGGGACGGCGAAGAUUCAGGCAGCUGCACAGCCACUAUAGAAGAUCUAGUCUAGAGAGCCCAGUUAAAUUGUAUGUAAUUGUUGCAAUAUUUUGUGAGUGGGCAGCAUAUACUAUCAUCCAAAAUUGACAUGUUGAAUUAUUUUGCCAUAUUAAAUUAUUGUAUAAUGCGCUAAUGUGGACAGUUUGUGUUACUACCAUACACAAACUCGCAUUUUCACCUCAUACAAUUUAGAGAUUUUUUAUAACCUCAGAUUGGUGAUGUUAAUAUACAAGUUUAUAGUCAUCAAGAUGACACUAAAUCAAUUGCUUGAAACAGAUUAAUAUCUUUGGUUUGGUAUGGUUGAUUUGAUCAUACGCACCUGUCCGUCGCAGGGCUUAGAACGCAGUUGUGAAAUUCAAAUUGAAAUGGCAAGGGAAAAUUGAGGCGCUCUCUUUAUAAAAGCUGCUGGCCACAAACAAAUACACAGAUUUUACAUUCAAGCUAUCACUGAAAUAAGAGCCAACCCCUGUCACUAUUUAGACUUACCUGUGGAGAGAUGAUUCGUUAAAAUUAUCCUUCUGCGUAUUGGCAAUCUAACGUAAGCAUUGUCCCACAAGGUGAUGAGUUGAUAAAUACAGGUUCUCAUCUAUCGACAGGUAUAUCUAGUAUUCCCAAGUAAAUUGUGGUACAUGUAGCGGCAGCGAAUUGUCCCAGUUCCAUUGAUUUCCAUACUAGAUUAACGUGAGUGAUUCAUCUGUGCACGCUAUUGAUUACAGUAGAACAAGCAAAUCAAUUUCAAUCUGGAAUGACCGCUUGGUAAAUUUGAUGCAUCAGCAGUUUUUAAGGUACUAAUUUAGCAAAAUACAAGUAAUCUGAACUCAAGUAAUUGUAUGUAUUAGUCUUCAACAUAUCACAACUUAUUUCAGCAUAUUGAUUAUGAAUUUAUUUGGACAUUUAAAACCGGUGUUUUGACACUCGGCUAUAUAUAAAAACUAGGAAGCAGCAACAGUAUAAUUUUCAACGUAUGUUUUAGUAAUAUAAAUUGUACUUUUAACGUAAUUUUUUCGACAUUAAUCAACUUAAUCAGGUAAAAACUACUAAAUGAACCCCAAUAACAUGCUAAGAUUUAUUUGAUUUUGAUGGUAUUAGUGAAAUCGUGAAAAUGAUUUUGUCCUGGCUAGUCAUUGUGUCUGUACUAUAACAGACAGGUACAGAACAGAGUAGCCUUUAGAGGAGACUGAGUAGAGAUACAGGCUGGGUUCAGAGAGAGAGGACAGGGGUGGUGGGGGCAGGGCAGUACAUUCACGACCCACGGACCCUGAACAUACAACACACACUACCUGAACAAACUACAUGAUCAGCACACUCCACCACUACAAAUACAGAAAAUUUAUACUGUACCUAACCAUAUAAAAUAAAGGUAAACAUGGUCCAAGUGACAACCAGCUUAUGGGGCAGUUUUCCGCACAAAGAUUAAGCCGAAUCCUGGACUAAAAAAGCAUUUUCAAUGGAGAUUCACUAUUGAGUUUGCUUUUUAGUCCAGGACUAGGCUUAAUCUAUCUCCGGGAAAAUGCCCCUAUGAGUUUACCUGACUUUAGAUUCUAUAGUCUAGCUCAAACGGCGAUCUGUUUAGGUGUAGUCAGUCCCAGUUGCUCCGUCCCUUGCUUGCUGUAACCGGGGCUGGGACUUUGUCUACCAGAUUGCCCCACCAUGGUAAUGAAUGAUGUCUCUUAUUAGAGUGCAGACCAUUCUGGGCUUUACCAAGUUAAUUAUUCAACCCCAACCAUCACCUUUAGCUGUUAUUUUGGUCUGGUUUCUUCCUGAACUUUCCACAUGCCUGUGUUGCUGGUGCCAGUGCCGGUACAGUAGCUUCCUCCAUAGCCAGACCAGCUCACGCUGCCUUCCGCCCCGUCACUGCACUGCCUCCUCUACCGCAACAAAGCAGGAAGAGAAACGGCUGUUGCCUAGCAAUCCGGUUGCUAUAGUGACAGGCUGGGCUCCCUCCUAAAGAGUAUGUUGUUAUGUACAUUGAGGAGGGAGGGGAAGAGGGGAGGGAGGGGGGGAGUGAAGUUUGGCAUUGGAGGGGUUGAAAUUGAGGGGGCAGAGGAGUUAAAGGCAACAGAAAGAUGAAAGAGAGAGAGAGUGAAAGAAGGAGAGUGAGAGUAAAGAAUUCUCUUCAUGAUUUAUCAUAUAUAUUACCCCAGACAGGGAAAAGGCAGGCUUAUAUCGCACUGCUUCAUUUGGUAUUCCGUAUUAACAGAGGAGAGGCUUGCUGGGUUAGGAUUGGAUCCUCAGUCAUUUGGCCAUCUUACUAUAACCCCCCCACCUUCUGCUCAUGAAAACAUAUCAGUCUGUCUGUCUGAGCUUAGACACACACACACACACACCACACACACACACUAUCUUUCUAGGAUGUCUUAUAUGUACUGUACUGUAUACCUGUGUCUUUAAAUUCCAGCGUUUCCUCAGUAUUGAUUUGGCUGGUCAGACAAUAGGGAGUUUAGGGGCAUUUUAACAGGAUUACAGAGUCACAUGGGGGAAAGUAUAGAACUGUUCUACCUCCACAAAAAAGGAUUCAUAUUUGCAUUUUUCUGAGCAUCAAACAUACAUUCCUGUAACACCCUGGCUCUGGGACUCUAUAUGUUGAGCCAGGGUGUGUUCUUUCUAUGUGGUGUAUUUCUAUGUUGGGAGUUCUAGUUUGUUUAUUUCUAUGUUGGCCUGAGUGACUCCCAAUCAGAGGCAACGAGUGUCAGCUUUUGGCUGGUUGUCUCUGAUUGGGAGCCAUAUUUAAACUGUCUGUUUUUCCCUUUGUGUUUGUGGGUUCUUGUUCCGUGUUGGUCUAUGUUACCUAGGACGUUACGAGUCGUUUGUUGUUUUUGUUUACUGUCCGUGUUUAUCGCUAAUGAUAAAUAAACAUGUUCGUUCAUCACGCUGCGCCUUGGUCCUCCUCUCUUAACGACGAUCGUGACAAUUCCAGUUGGCACAGGGGUGUGUGUGUGUGUAUGAAUAUAUACACUACUGGUAAAAUGUUUUAGAACACCUACUCAUUCAAGGGUUUUUCUUUAUUUUGACUAAUUUCUACAUUGUAGAAUAAUAGUGAAGACAUCAAAACGAUGAAAGAACACAUAUGAAAUCAUGUAGUAACCAAAAAAAUUGUUAAACAAAUCAACAUAUAUUUUAUAUUUGAGAUUCUUCAAAUAGUCACCCUUUGCCUUGAUGACAGCUUUGCACACUCUUGGCAUUCUCUCAACCAGCUUCAUGAGGUAGUCACCUGGAAUGCAUUUCAAUUAACAGGUGUGACUUCUUAAAAGUUAAUUUGUGGUAUUUCUUUCCUUCUUAAUGCGUUUGAGCCAAUCAGUUGUGUUGUGGUAGACCAAGGUAGGGGUGGUAUACAGAAGAUAGCCCUAUUUGGCAAAAGACCAAGUCCAUAUUAUGGCAAGAACAGCUCAAAUAAGCAAAGAUAAAUGACAGUCCAUCAUUACUUUAAGACAUGAAGGUCAGUCAAUAUGGACAAUUUCAAGAACUUUGAAAGUUUCUUCAAGUGCAGUCGCAAAAACCAUCAAACGCUAUGAUGAAACUGGCUCUCAUGAGGACUGCCACAGGAAUGGAAGACCCAGAGUUACCUCUGCUGCAGAGGAUAAGUUCAUUAGAGUUACCAGCCUCAGAAAUUGCAGCCCAAAUAAAUGCUUCACAGUUCAAGUCACAGACACAUCUCAACAUCAACUGUUCAGAGGAGACUGUGUGAAUCAGGCCUUCAUGGUCGAAUUGCUGCAAAGAAACCACUACUAAAGGACACCAAUAAGAAGAAAAGACUUGCUUGGGCCAAGAAGCACGAGCAAUGGACAUUAGACAGGUUUAAAUUGGGCCUUUGGUCUGGAGUCCAGAUUGGAGAUUUUUGGUUCCAAACGCUGUGUCUUUGUGAGACGCAGUGUGGGUGAACGGAUGAGUUCCGCAUGUGUAGUUCCCACUGUAAAGCAUGGAGGAGGAGGUGAUAUGGUGUGGGGGUGCUUUGCUGGUGACACUGUCUGUGAUUUAUUUAGAAUUCAAGGCACACUUAACCAGCAUGGCUACCACAGCAUUCUGCAGCGAUACACCAUCCCAUCUGGUUUGGGCUUAGUGGGACUAUCAUUUGUUUUUCAACAGGACAAUGACCCAACACACCUCCAGGCUGUGUAAGGGCUAUUUUACCAAGAAGGAGAGGGAUGGAGUGCUGCAUCAGAUGACCGGGCCUCCACAAUCCUCCGACCUCAACCAAAUUGAGAUGGUUUGGGAUGAGUCAGACCGCAGAGUGGAAAAGGAAAAGCAAACAAUUGCUCAGCAUGUGGGAACUCCUCAGCAUGUGGGAACUCCUUCAAGACUGUUGUAAAAGCAUUCCAGGUGAAGCUGGUUGAGAGAAUGCCAAGCUAUCAUCAAGGCAAAGGGUGGCUAUUUGAAGAAUCUCAAAUAUAAAAUAUAUUUUGAUUUGUUUAAAACUGUUUUGGUUACUAUAUGAUUCCAUAUGUGUUAUUUAAUAGUUUUGAUGUUUUCACUAUUAUUCUACAAUGUAGAAAAUAGUAAAAAUAUAGAAAAUCCCUUGAAGGAGUAGGUGUUCUAAAACUUUUGACUGGUAGUGUAUGUGUGUGUAUGUGUGUAUAUGCAUGUGUGUGUAUGUACAGUGCAUUCGGAAACUAUUCAGACCCCUUGACUUUCUCCACAUUUUGUUACAUUACAGCCUUAUUCUAAAAUUGAUUAAAUUGUUUUUCCCCUCAUCAAUCUACACACAAUACCCCAUAAUGACAAAGAAGAAACAGGUUUUUAGAAAUGUUUGCAAAAGCUGAAAUAUCACAUUUACAUACGUAUUCAGACCCUUUACUCAGUACUGUGUUAAAUCACUUUUGGCAGCGAUUACAGCCUCGAGUCUUCUUGGAUGUUGUCACAACUUCCUCCGAAGCUGCCUCCCCUCCUUGUUCGGGCAGGCUUCGGCGUUCGUUGUCACUGGCCUUCUAGCCACUGCCGCUCCAUAUCUCAUCAUUCCAUUUGUCUUGUCUUGUCAGUUACACACACCUGGUUCAUAUUCCCCUCAUUAGUACAUGUAUCAGUGUUCCCUCUGCCCCCUUGUCCUUGUGGGUGAUUGUUUCAUGUGAGAUGAGUGGAGCUCGGUGGAGCUACCUGUAUUUUGUAUUGCCGGGGUAUAUUUUCCCCGUAUGCCUGUAUUUGUUCCAGUGCGCCUGUUUUGCGCACUGGACUGUUGACGCUAUCCAGCGUAACUGUGUACUACGGAAUAAACUCCUCUGUAUUCUGUGAUUUACCCUCCUGCACCUGACUCCUUCAAAUCACACACUCACAGAAUCACCCACCCGCUAUGGAGUCAGCGGGAGAGGAACGCAUGCCUGGAGUCGUGGUUGCGGGUCCAGGAGCAUUCAACGAUGCUAGCCAGCUUGGGAGAAGCGAUGGAUCGGGUUCUUCAGAUCAUCCAAUGCCUGGAGAGGACAGGACCUGAUCUGUCGAGACCAGCUGGGCAACCAGAUCCAGCCACACACACCCCAGCACCCAAGAGGGAUCCAUAUAUCCCGACCACGGGAGUUCGACAGGACAGCUGCUCUCUGCCAAGGAUUCCUCCUCCAACUGGAGCUCUACUUCUCCAGCAUCAGGCCGGCACCCUCGGAAUGGGAAUAGGUGUCCGCCCUCGUUUCCUGCCUCUCGGGGAAAGCCCUGUAGUGGGCCAACGCGGUCUGGAACGAAGGAGGAGCCGCGUUGGAAAACUUUGGGGAGUUUGCUCGCCUCUUUCGGGCUGUCUUCGUUCACCCGCCCGAGAGGCGGGCGAGCGGCUAGUCCACCUGAGGCAGGGGACGAGGACUGUGCAGGACUUCGCCUUGGAGCUCCGGACUCUAGCAGCUGGGUCCGGGUGGAACUAGCGGCCCUUAUCGACCACUUCCGGUGCCAUCUGCGGGAGGACUUCCGAAGGGAGCUAGCCUGCCGGGACACCAUGUUGUCCUUCAACAAACUGGUGGACAUGGCCAUUCGUUUGGACAACCUGCUGGCAGCCAGAGGACAUCCUGGAGGGGGUCUGCCCGUUCCCACCCCGGCUGACUCGGAUCCCGAGCUGAUGGAGCUGGGUGGAACCGUUAUCCGAGAGAGCGGAGGAUGACAGCGCCAGUGCCACUCUGGUGGCAUGAAGGGACAUUACACCGCACAUUGUCGUCAGCGUUCUUUUGGGUCUGGAGGCGGCAGGCAGGGCACUCUCGCAUCACCCCAGGUAUCGAACGCCCACACUCGUUCAGAGCCCUCUGCUGCGCACUGUACCCUACCCAUCUACUUUCCUGAUCACAUGGUAGUUCCCCAGUGUAAGGCGCUAGUCGAUUCAGGCGCAGCUGGGAACUUUAUGGACAGGGCAUUCUCACACAGUCUAGGCAUUUCAUUGGUUCCCCUAUCCAUUCCACUCCCCAUCAGAGCACUUGAUAGUCGACCAUUAGGGUCCGGGUUUGUUCGGGAAGUUACAGCACCAGUCACCAUGAUUACCCACGAGACUCAUUGCGAGCAAGUCACUUUUUUUUAUUAUUGAGUCUCCUGCUCUCCCUGUGGUAUUAGGUAUCCCGUGGUUAGCACUCCACAACCCCACCUUCUCAUGGCUGCAGAGGGUUCUCACGGGGUGGUCGCGAGAGUGUCAGGGUAGGUGUCUAGGUGUUUCCAUUGGUGCAACCCCGGUGGAAAGUCCAGACAGUACCUCCACCUCGAUUUGGCGCACGCGUUUUCUAAAACGCAGGCGACCAAGUUACCACCUCAUCGGGUGGGGGAUUGCGCAAUAAACCUCCGGGUAGACGCUGUGUCUCCCAGGAGUCAGGUGUAUCCCCUGUCACAGGCUGAAACGGAGGCUAUGGAAACAUACGUCACUGCGCCAAGGGUAUAUACAGUGGGGAGAACAAGUAUUUUAUACACUGCCGAUUUUGCAGGUUUUCCUACUUACAAAGCAUGUAGAGGUCUGUAAUUUUUUAUCAUAUGUACACUUCAACUGUGAGAGACGGAAUCUAAAACAAAAAUCCAGAAAAUCACAUUGUAUGAUCUUUAAGUAAUUAAUUUGCAUUUUAUUGCAUGACAUAAGUAUUUGAUACAUCAGAAAAGCAGAACUUAAUAUUUGGUACAGAAACCUUUGUUUGCAAUUACUUGACCAGGUUUGCACACACUGCAGCAGGGAUUUUGGCCCACUCCUCCAUACAGACCUUCUCCAGAUCCUUCAGGUUUCGGGGCUGUCGCUGGGCAAUACGGACUAUCAGCUCCCUCCAAAGAUUUUCUAUUGGGUUCAGGUCUGGAGACUGGCUAGGCCACUCCAGGACCUUGAGAUGCUUCUUACGGAGCCACUCCUUAGUUGCCCUGGCUGUGUGUUUCGGGUCGUUGUCAUGCUGGAAGACCCAGCCACGACCCAUCUUCAAUGCUCUUACUGAGGGAAGGAGGUUGUUGGCCAAGAUCUUGCAAUACAUGGCCCCAUCCAUCCUCCCCUCAAUACGGUGCAGUCGUCCUGUCCCCUUUGCAGAAAAGCAUCCCCAAAGAACGAUGUUUCCACCUCCAUGCUUCACGGUUGGGAUGGUGUUCUUGGGGUUGUACUCAUCCUUCUUCUUCCUCCAAACACUGCGAGUGGAGUUUAGACCAAAAAGCUCUAUUUUUGUCUCAUCAGACCACAUGACCAUCUCCCAUUCCUCCUCUGGAUCAUCCAGAUGGUCAUUGGCAAACUUCAGACGGGCCUGGACAUGCGCUGGCUUGAGCAGGGGGACCUUGCGUGCGCUGCAGGAUUUUAAUCCAUGACGGCGUAGUGUGUUACUAAUGGUUUUCUUUGAGACUGUGGUCCCAGCUCUCUUCAGGUCAUUGACCAGGUCCUGCCGUGUAGUUCUGGGCUGAUCCCUCACCUUCCUCAUGAUCAUUGAUGCCCCACGAGGUGAGAUCUUGCAUGGAGCCCCAGACCGAGGGUGAUUGACCGUCAUCUUGAACUUCUUCCAUUUUCUAAUAAUUGCGCCAACAGUUGUUGCCUUCUCACCAAGCUGCUUGCCUAUUGUCCUGUAGCCCAUCCCAGCCUUGUGCAGGUCUACAAUUUUAUCCCUGAUGUCCUUACACAGCUCUCUGGUCUUGGCCAUUGUGGAGAGGUUGGAGUCUGUUUGGUUGAGUGUGUGGACAGGUGACUUUUAUACAGGUAACGAGUUCAAACAAGUGCAGUUAAUACAGGUAAUGCGUGGAGAACAGGAGGGCUUCUUAAAGAAAAACGGACAGGUCUGUGAGAGCCGGAAUUCUUACUGGUUGGUAGGUGAUCAAAUACUUAUGUCAUGCAAUAAAAUGCAAAUGAAUUACUUAAAAAUCAUACAAUGUGAUUUUCUGGAUUUUUGUUUUAGAUUCCGUCUCUCACAGUUGAAGUGUACCUAUGAUAAAAAUGACAGACCUCUACAUGCUCUGUAAGUAGGAAAACCUGCAAAAUCGACAGUGUAUCAAAUACUUGUUCUCCCUACUGUACGUCCCUCCACUUCACCCGCUUCCUCAAGGCGGUCUGCGCCCUUGCAUUGAUUAUCGACCACUGAACAAGGAGACGAUAAGAUUUAGUUAUCCUCUCCCCCUCAUUCCUUCAGUGAUCGAGUCAAUGCAUGGGGCGCGCUUCUUCACCAAAUUAGAUCUCAGGAGUGGGUACAACCUGGUGCGUAUCCGAGAGGGGGAUGAGUGGAAGACAGCAUUCAGCACAACCACGGGGCAUUAUGAAUACCUGGUGAUGCCCUACGGUUUGAUGAAUGCUCCAUCCGUCUUCCAGUCCUUUGUGAACGAGGUGUUUCAGGACAUGCUUGGUCGCGGUGUAGUGGUUUACAUCGAUGACAUUCUGGUGUAUUCCGCUACGCGCCGAGCAUGUGUCCCUGGUUCGCAAAGUGCUGGCCCGACUGUUGGAAAAUGACCUUUAUGCCAAGGCAGAGAAGUGUAUGUUUUUCCAGAAGAUGGAGGGCGAUCGCAUUUCAGCCGUGCGUAAUUGGCCGACUCCCACCACGGUUAAGGAGGUGCAGCGUUUUCUUAGCUUCGCCAACUACUAUAUGAGGUUUAUCCGGGGCUUUGGCAAAGUCGCAGCUCCCAUUACAUCUCUGUUGAAGGGUGGGCCGUCCCACUACGACGUUGGUGAUCGGGAGCUGUUGGCUGUUGUCCGAGCCCUGACCGUGUGGAGGCUUUGGCUCGAAGGGGCGAAACACCCUUUUCUCGUCUGGAUGGACCACCGUAACCUGGAGUACAUCCGGGCAGCGAGGAGGCUGAAUCCUCGCCAGGCCAGGUGGGCCCUAUUCUUCACCCGGUUUGAUUUCACAGUAUCAUACAUCCCGGGUAUGAAGAACGUGAAGGCAGACGCAUUGUCACGGCUGUAUGACACAGAGGAGAGGCACAGAGACAACACCCCCAUACUCCUGGCCUCCUGCAUUGUGGCGCCGGUAGUAUGGGCGAUGGACGCGGACAUAGAGCAGGCAUUAUGCACAGAGCCAUCUCCACCUCAGUGUCCAGCUGGGCUGCAGUACGUGCCUGCUCUUAUCCGUGAUCGUCUGAUCUACUGGGCACACACGUCACCCUCCUCUGGUCACCCAAGUAUCGGUCGUACAGUGCGCUGACUGACCGGAAGGUACUGGUGGCCUACCUUGGCUAAGGACGUGAGGGUGUAUGUCUCCUCCUGCUCGGUGUGCGCCCAGAGUAAGGCACCUAGGCACCUCCCAGCGGGUAAGUUACAACCUUUACCAGUUCCAAAACGACCAUGGUCUCAACUGAGUGUUGAUUUCCUGACUGAUCUUCCCCUCUCCCAAGGUAACACCACCAUCCUGGUUGUUGUGGACUGCUUUUCCAAGGCCUGCCGCCUCCUUCCUCUGGCCGGUCUCCCCCUGCAAACUGCGGAGGCCCUGUUUACACACGUCUUCUAGCACUACGGGUUACCAGAUGAUAUAGGGUCUGACCGAGGUCCCCAGUUCACAUCCAAGGUCUGGAAGGCUUCAUUGAACAUCUGGGGGUCUCCGUCAGCCUGACCUCUGGUUUCCACCCCGGGUCUAAUGGGCAGGUGGAAUGGGUAAAUCAGGAUGUGGGUAGGUUCCUGCGGUCCUACUGCCAGGACCGGCUGGGGGAGUGGUCCGUGUUUUUGUCAUGGGCCGAAUAUGCCCAGAACUCUCUCCGUCUCUCCUCCACUAACCUAACGCCAUUCCAAUGUGUUUUAUGUUACCAACCGGUUCUGGCACCGUGGCACCAGAGCCAGACCGAGGCUCCUGCGGUGGAUGACCACCUCCAAUACGCCGUGCGUCGUCAGAAGGCCAACGCUGACCGUCACCGCAGUGAGGCCCCGGUCUUCGUACCGGGUGAUCGGGUCUGGCUCUCGACCUGGAAUCUGCCCCUCCGCCUGCCCUGCCGGAAGCUGAGCCCGCGGUUUGUGGGGCCGUUCAAAGUCCUGAGGAGAAUCAACGAGGUUACCUAUAAAUUAUUACUCCCCCCUGAUUACCAUAUUAACCCCUCGUUUCAUGUGUCUCUCCUCAUGCCGGUGGUGGCUGGUCUGCUCCAGGAGUCUGAGGUGCGGGAGGUCCCUCUGCCUCUUCUGGACAUCGAGGGGGCCCCGGCGUACUCCGUCCGUUCCAUCCUGGAUUCGAGGCGCCGGGUGGUGGGCCUUUAGUUCCUCGUGGAGGGGGAGGGGUACGGUCCAGAGGAGCGGUGCUGGGUCCCGGUGAGGGAUAUCCUCGAUCCCUCCCUGUUGCGGGAUUUCCACCAUCGCCACCCGGCUCACCCUGCUCCGCGUCCUCCUGGCCGUCCCCGAGGCCGGGGUCAAGGGGGGGGGUACUGUCACGACUACCUCCGAAGCAAUUACACAAACCUGGUUCAUAUUCCCCUCAUUAGUACAUGUAUAAGUGUUCCCUCUGCUCCCUUGUCCUUGUGGGUGAUUGUUUCAUGUGAGAUGAGUGGAGCUCGGUGGAGCUACCUGUACUUUGUAUUGCCGGGGUAUAUUUUCCCCUGUGUGCCUGUAUUUGUUCCAGAGCGCCUGUUUUGCGCACUGGAAUGUUGACGUUAUCCAGCGUAACUGUGUAGUACGGAAUAAACUCUGUAUUCUGUGAUUUACCCUCCUGCGCCUGACUCCUUCAAAUCACACUCUCACAGAUAUGACGCUACAAGCUUGGCACACCUUUGUUUGGGGAGUUUCUCCCAUUCUUCUCUGCAGAUCCUCUCAAACUCUGUCAGGUUGGAUGGGGAGCGUCGCUGCACAGCUAUUUUCAGGUCUCUCCAGAGAUGUUCGAUUGGGUUCAAGUCCGAGCUCUGGCUGGGCCACUCAAGGACAUUCAGAGACUUGUUCCGAAGCCACUCCUGUGUUGUCUUGGCUGUGUGCUUAAGGUCGUUGUCCUGUUGGAAGGUGAACCUUCGCCCCAGUCUGAGGUGCUGAGCACUCUGGAGCAGGUUUUCAUCAAGGAUCUCUCUGUACUUUGCUCCGUUAAUCUUUCCCUCGAUCCUGACUAAACUCCCAGUCCCUGCCGCUGAAAAACAUCCCCACAGCAUGAUGCUGCCACCACCAUGCUUCACCGUAGGGAUGGUGCCAUGUUUCCUCCAGAUGUGACGCUUGGCAUUCAGGCCAAAGAGUUAAUUCUUGGUUUCAUCAGACCAGAGAAUCUCGUUUCUCAUGGUCUGAGAGUCCUUUAGGUGCCUUUUGGCAAACUCCAAGCGAGCUGUCAUAUGCCUUUUACUGAGGAGUGGCUUCUGUCUGGCCACUCUACCAUAGAGGCCUGAUUGGUGGAGUGCUGCAGAGAUUGUUGUCCUUCUGGAAGGUUCUUUUCAAACAUUUCUAAAAACCUGUUUUCACUUUGUCAUUAUGAAGUAUUGUGUGUAGAUUGAUGAGGAUUUUUAAAAAUGUAAUCCAUUUUAGAACAAGGCUGUAAUGUAACAAAAUGUGGAAAAGGGGAAGGGGUCUGAAUAAUUUCCGAAUGCACUGUAUAUAUACAAAUAAGUGUGUAUUUACUGUUUGUGUAUGUGUAUGUGUUACAGACAGAGGCAGCCUCUUAUGCUGCCACAGAGGCUGACAUAGCGUGUGCAGGUCAGUGUGAUUACACUGCAGCCAUAGAUCAAGUUUUAUUAUGCACCAAAAUCUCCACUGUCCUCUCGCUUUGCAAUGUCAUUCUGUUUAAGACCCACAAUGCACUGCGACUUACGCAACCUGCUGACUGGACAGGGGAGAGAAACGAGCAUGUUAUUGCAUUGCGUCUUGCUGGUGUGUAUGUGUGUGUGUGUGUUUAAAAGAGAGAAAGAGGUAGAGAAUUGAAGAAGGAGGUGUAGACUGAUGGUGUAGGUAUUUGUGUGACAACAGACGGAUUGUAGAAAAAAAAAUCUAAUUUCCUCUGUGAAAGAGAGAAGCACAGACAGAAUGAGAGAGAGGAAAGGUUCCUCAUGAGAUAUCUCAUCUGUGACUGACACUUUUCAUCAGACUGACUCACAGUCACUCUCCUUGCAUAAUACUGGAUCCAUUGUCUCUCUGUGCAUUUGUGCUGUGUGUGUGUGUGUGUGUGUGUGUGUGUGUGUGUGUGUGUUAGCGCCACGGUUAUGGAUGAAGAUCGUCAUGAAAAUAAAAUAACCGUCAUAACCUUUUUUUGGGGGGGUGUAACAAAUAGCUGACUGAAGACGGGACGGCCGGACAUUAGUGCGGUUCAGUCUGUUUCUGCUGUAACAUGGACUACAACGUGAUGAAACUGUGUUGCUCCUUGCUGAAAUAAGCAACGUGUUGUAGCAAACAAGUCUUCGGUUGCUUAGGAAAUGCCUCCCUCCCCCUCAAGCUUAUAUCAUCAAAUUCAUGAAAACGUGGUCAUUUAAGAUAUACAGUGCAUUCAGAAAGUAUUCAGACCCCUUCACUUUUUCCACAUUUUGUUACGUUACAGCCUUAUUCUAAAAUUGAUUAAAUAAUUUUUUUCACCUGAUUAAUCUACAAACAAUACCCCAUAAUGACAAAGCGAAAACAGGUUUUUAGAAAUGUUUGCAAAUAUAUAAAAAUAUAAAACAGAAAUACCUUAUUUACAUAAGUAUUCAGACCCUUUGCUAUGAGACUCGAAAUUGAGCUCAGGUGCAUCCUGUUUCCAUUGAUCAUCCUUGAGAUGUUUCUAUAACUUGAUUGGAGUCCACUUGUAGUAAAUUCAAUUGAUUGGACAUGAUUUGGGAAGGCACACACCUGUCUAUAUAAGGUCCCACAGUUGACAGUGCAUGUCAGAGCAAAAACCAAGCCAUGAGGUCUAAGGAAUUGUCCAUAGAGCUCUGAGACAGGAUUGUGUCGAGGCACAGAUCUGGGGAAGGGUACCAAAAAAUGUCUGCAGCACUGAAGGUCCCCAAGAACACAGUGGCCUCCAUCAUUCUUAAAUGGAAGAAGUUUGGAACCCCCAAGACUGUUCCUAGAGCUGGCCUCCCGGCCAAACUGAGCUAUCAGGGGAGAAGGGCCUUGGUCAGAGAGGUGAACAAGAACCCAAUGAGUUCCUCUGUAGAGAUGGGAGAACCUUCCAGAAGGACAACCAUCUCUGCAGCACUCCACCAAUCAGGUCUUUAUGGUAGAGUGGCCUGACGGAAGCCACUCCUCAGUAAAAGGUACAUGACAGCCCACUUGGAGUUUGCCAAAAGGCACCUAAAGGACUCUCAGACCAUGAGAAACAAGAUUCUCUGGUCUGAUGAAACCAAGAUUGAAUGCGAAGCGUCACGUCUGGAGGAAACCAGGCACCGCUCAUCACCUGGCCAAUACCAUCCCUACAGUAGAGUGCUCAGGACCUCGGACUGGGGCAAAGGUUCACCUUCCAACAGGACAACGACCCUAAGCACACAGCCAAAACAAAACCAGGAGUUGCUUCAGGACAAGUCUCUGAAUGUCCUUGAGUGGCCCAGCCAGAGACCGGACUUGAACCCAAUCAAACAUUUCUGGAGAGACCUGAAAAUAGCUGUGCAGCAACUCUCCCCAUCCAACCUGACAGAGCUUGAGAGGAUCUGCAGAGAAGAAUGGGAGAAACUCCCCAAAUACAGGUGUGCCAAGCUUGUAGCGUCAUACCCAAGAAGACUCAAGGCUGUAAUCGCUGCCAAAGGUGCUUCAACAAAGUACUGAGUAAAGUGUCUGAAUGCUUUUUUUUGCAAACAUUUCUAAAAACCUGUUUUUACUUUGUCAUGAUGGGGUAUUGUGUGUACAUUGAUGAAAAACAAACAAUUUAAUCCAUUUUAGAAUAAGGCUGUAACGUAUACUGUAUACUUUCCGAAUGCACUGUAUGUACAAUUAUUUUCUUAUUCGUGGAUUCAUUUACUUUUACCUGAUGCCUUUCAUGAAGGUUUUCGAUUGCGUUUUUAAUUUUUUACCUUAAUCAAUGAAUUCAAAUAUAAUUUAAAUGAUUCAAUUUUCAUGAAUUUGAUGAUAUAAGCUUGACGCCCAUUCAAAAACAGUACGGGACUUGUACCAGGAAGUAGGCGGUACUUUCAUAGGGUAUAGCAUAGGAGAGGAGAAAAUGUGUGAAAAAACAAAAAACAAUAACCUUCAUCCAAAAUGUCACCCAAAAUUCCAACCCUACUGAAGGCUGGAUUCGGGGCAGAGGGACUCAUUCGUCACGUUAAAGAGAAAGAGUGGGGGUUGGGAGUGGAACAAGCCUUUAAAAGUUAUUAUGCAAAGAUGUGCUGGCUACAAAUCUUUGUGUGUGUGUGUGUAUGCUUGCAACGCCAGGGUUGUGGGUUCGAUUCCCACGGGGGACCAGUAUGAAAAAUGUAUGCACUCACUAACUGUAAGUCGCUCUGGAUAAGAGCAUCUGCUAAAUGACUAAAAUGUAAAUGUAAAAUGUAUGCAUGCAUUUGUCUCAGUGUGUGCCUGCGCAUGUCCCUGUGUGUGCUUGUGCGUGUGUUUGCGCAUGUGUGCAUGUAUUGUCUGUGAAUGUGAGUGUAUGUAAACAUUAUAUUAGUGUGUAUCUGUAUGUGUGUGCGUGUGUUUCGGUGUGGUGCUCCCCUCAUUAAGCAGCCUGGCGACAGGAGUGCAGAGUGUGUGUUUUCACCCUGAUGCUCUGACACAGCAGCAGCCACUUCUUCACUUCCCUCUCCUCUUUGAGUUUUGCCCUUCCUCUCUCCUCAUCUUCCUCUCCUCUCCCGUCUUCCUCUCCUCUCUCCUCUCCCCUCUUCCUCUCUCCUCUUCCUCUCUCCUCUUCCCUCUCCUCUUCCUCAUCCUCUUCUGUUCUAUUUGCUCACCUGCUAUGCUGGAAUGUGUUUUGUGUUGUGGGGAAAGCAGUGUGUAGGUGAGACUAAGAGCUGAUCUGUGCCUCUGUUUGUAUGGUCUGUUCACAGUAACAUCAUAGACAGCAUCAUCACUGGUUCACACUAGACUAGUAGGAUUGCUUUAGUGAAACCUUGUUUUAUUGUCAGGUGCAAAACCAUAA